AUGGAAAGUGUUUGUAUGACUUUAAAUCCUAAUGAGGAUGAAUCUCCUGAUAAAAUAUGUCAAUUCCAAGACACACAAUUAAACACAUUGUUUUCGGAAAAUUAUAUACCUGUAAACUGUCGGUCCAGUCUUGAAGGCGUAUGGCAAUUUGCAUACCAGAACCGUUUUCGUUUUACUGGUGAAUGUAAUAAUCCUGAAGCACAAAUUAAAUCUUGUCAAACGGCAGGAACACAGUUUUUAAUAACUAAUCAAAAAUUUAAUAUAACGUACAAAAAAUGCCCUGGUAUGACAGGCACUUUUGAUGGAGUUGUUGAGUACAGUUGCUUAGGAGACUGGUUCGUAGACAAAAAUCAUUUCUUUGCUGUAGCUAAUACUAAAGAAUCUCGAAAAGAUGAAAAAUAUCGAUGUUUCUUAAAAAAUCGAGAUGAUGAUUUAUAUAUUGGUGUGUCUAUUACAGCAGAGUGCAAUACUCUUCAGACGUAG